AUGAACGCUCGCCGCGAGGGCGCUGAUACCUUUUCAAGCCGCCCCGUCCAUUACGCAAGCCGAAACACCCAGUAUGAAACCGCUCGCGCGGCGCUGCAGAACAAUCAAGCGCUAGCAUAUACAUUUGCCGUUAUCGUCGCUGGCUAUCUCGUGCUGGAUUACCUUGGAUUUGCCCCCAUCUCGUUGAUCCAGACCCUCUGGAACGGUCUGGUUUAUUUCACCCCGGCUCGAAUCGUCGUCGCAUUAGAUUCCCGCAUGUCCACCUCCGACUCCUCCCCCUCGGACCCAUCGCCGAUGUCCUUUCAGUCGAAGAGCGAAGCGAUGCAGCGGAUCUUCGGACUGGACAACAACACUUUCCCGUUUAUCUCUCGAUCUCGGUCCCUCUCGGGUCUUGGAAAUGCCCUUCUGGGUAACAGCGCAGAUGCCACUCCCCCGGGGCUUGGGAACUGGGAUAACUCUUGUUAUCAAAAUAGCAUCAUUCAGGGGCUGGCAUCACUGAAGUCGCUGUCGGCUUUCCUGGACCGGAAUGUUGAGGUGUUGGCUGAGAAGGGCUCGUUCUCGACGCACCAGGCGCUCCGGGGUAUUAUUGAGCAUCUCAACAGUUCAUCAAACUACGGACACAAGCUUUGGAUUCCUCCGGAUCUCAAAUCCAUGAGCAGCUGGCAACAACAGGAUGCACAGGAGUACUUUGCGAAGGUGGUGGAUCAGAUCGACCUCGAGAUUUUGCAAGCGUCACGAGGGCAGACAAAGAACAUGGGACUCAAAAUGACUGGGCCGGAAGAAAAUAUCUUUAGUGACAGUCAUGGUGAAGGAACUACAGUGGAAGAUCCUUGGUCGACAUUGGCGAUCGAGAAGGCCUCUCUCCGCAAUCCUCUUGAGGGUUUGCUCGCGCAGCGGGUUGGGUGUAUGAAAUGCGGAUGGACUGAAGGAUUGUCGCUCAUCCCAUUCAAUUGCCUCACCGUUCCCUUGGGAGGAGACUUCGAAUAUGACAUCCGCAAUUGCUUGGAUCAAUACAUGACUCUGGAGCCUAUCGAAGGAGUGGAGUGUGCCAAGUGCACGUUGCUGCGCGCGCAAGAGCAGCUUCAUAGUCUUCUCGGUGGGAUCGAGGAAGAUGAAAACCAGCCGGUCAGCUCCGAGUCGCCGAACAUGUCCAGCGCGCUGAGGACUUCGGCCCAGUCGCGGCUGGAGGCUGUUCAGGCCGCCCUGGAAGAGAACGACUUCGCCGAGAAAACGUUAGCGAAUCAGUGCCAUAUUCCUUCGAAAAACCGGGUGUCGACUACCAAGUCGCGUCAGGCGGUGGUCGCGAGAACGCCUCAGUGUCUUGCAAUUCACGUCAAUCGAAGUCUCUUUGAUGAGAUGACUGGCAUGUUGAGAAAGAAUUACGCAGCGGUGCACUUCCCUAAAACCAUGGACUUGAGCAAUUGGUGCCUCGGCAUCCACGCGGGCGGUACUCCCGGCGACACGCUGGAGCGAUGGGAGACAAAUCCUAGCGAGUCUAUGCUUCCCCGGCCGGGCGAUGCCAUGCAUGUUCCGAGCCGACGGUACGAGCUCCGGGCUAUUAUCACACACUACGGGCGACACGAGAACGGUCAUUAUAUCUGCUAUCGCAGGUAUCCAACCACAGAAUUCCCAGCUCCUGUGCCGGUCGAAAUUCAGCAAGCCGAGGGCGAUAAGGAAAAGUCCGAGCGAUGGUAUCGGCUCAGCGACGAAGAUGUGCAGAUGGUCAGCGAGGCGCAUGUGAUGUCCCAAGGGGGUGUGUUCAUGUUGUUCUACGAAGCGAUUGAAGAUGUGCUCCCGGCUCAUCCCCAACGGUCCGCACGGCCCGACUCCGUCCCGUCCGAGUCUGCCGAGUCGGUGUCCAACUUCACCAUGCCAGAGGGCAUGUCCACCGCCUCGACCGUGACGGACGCCGAGUCCAGCACCUCGCGCGCCACCAGCGUCUCGGCGCCCGAUCAUGUUUCACUGCCCGACGUCAAGCCUGCCGCCCCGUCCUUGAAGACGUCGAAUGCGGUGAACAUAAACUCCACCUCAUCAACGGACGAAAUCAACUCUCCGUCCCUGAUCACUGCAUGA